AUGAGCAAGUAUAGAAGGAAAGAAUCCUCGAGCGAGGAUAGCGACAGUGAAGAGGAAAGACGUAAAAAAGAUAUCAAGGAGAGAGACGAAUUUGCUAAUCGUCUGAAGGCAAAAGAUGAGAGCAAAAUACGAAAAGUGGCUAUGCCAGCUGGUUCAGGAGCAGCUGAGGCAGCCAAAAGACUUAAGAUUAUGGAAACAGAUAUGCGAGAGAAACUGGUACCAAAGUUGCGUGUUGAAUCCCGCCGGAAAUAUUUAGAGAAACGUAAAGAAGAUAAGGUGGCUGAAUUGGAGGCUGAUAUAAUUGAUGACGAAUAUUUAUUCGAGGAAGAAAUAUUAACAGAGCGGGAAAGAAGAGAACGGGAACAUAAGAAACAACUUCUGCAAUUAGCCAAAGAACAUGAGAAAGCCAGAGAACUUGAAAGGGUGCAACGGUAUCAUAUGCCCUUGGAAAAAGGGAAACUUGAACCAGAACCUGAAACACAGGAUAAUGAACCGCCACAAUCUGAGCAAAGUAAAUGGGAAUCUGAUCAAAUGUCUUCUGCUGUUUUCCGGUUUGGUGCCAAAGACAGAAAAGCGCAACAGGAUUACGAUCUCUUGUUAGAGGAUGAAGUAGAGUUUGUUCAGGCAUUACGUAUGCCUGGCAGUGAGAAAGAUAGGAAACACGAACAUAGUCCACCCCCGCAAGUGAAGGCAUUGCAAACUAUACAGGAGACCAAGAAGAGUUUACCAAUUUAUCCUUUCAGAAAUGAUCUAAUCCAAGCUAUUAAAGAUCAUCAGGUGUUGAUUAUUGAGGGAGAAACGGGUUCGGGCAAGACUACUCAAAUUCCACAAUACUUAUAUGAAGCUGGGUUCGCAGAAAAUAACAAAAUUAUUGGUUGUACACAACCACGAAGAGUAGCUGCUAUGUCCGUGGCAGCUAGAGUCGCUCACGAAAUGGCAGUCAAAUUAGGUAACGAGGUUGGAUAUGCCAUUCGGUUUGAGGACUGCACAUCGCAUCGUACUCGCAUUAAGUACAUGACCGAUGGCACGUUACACCGCGAAUUCCUCAGUGAGCCGGAUUUGGCCUCUUACAGUGUCAUGAUCAUCGAUGAGGCACACGAGCGUACUUUGCAUACGGAUAUCUUGUUCGGAUUGGUAAAAGAUAUAACAAGGUUUAGAACAGAUCUAAAACUACUAAUUUCGUCCGCCACGUUGGAUGCUACGAAGUUUAGCGAGUUCUUCGACGAUGCGCCGAUUUUUCGGAUACCUGGUCGACGUUUCCCUGUUGAUAUUUAUUAUACCAAGGCACCAGAAGCAGAUUAUAUCGAUGCUUGUGUUGUAUCUAUUCUCCAGAUACAUGCAACGCAACCGCACGGUGAUGUUUUAGUAUUCUUAACAGGUCAAGAUGAAAUAGAAACGUGUCAAGAAAUGUUGCAAGAGAGAGUGAGACGAUUAGGUUCAAAAUUAUCAGAACUUUUAAUUUUACCUGUUUACGCGAACCUACCGAGCGAUAUGCAGGCGAAGAUAUUUCAGCCUACUCCACCUAGAGCAAGAAAAGUAGUUCUCGCUACUAAUAUAGCAGAAACGUCGUUAACUAUAGACAAUAUAGUAUACGUAAUAGAUCCCGGAUUCGCGAAGCAGAAUAAUUUUAAUUCUCGUACAGGCAUGGAGAGUUUAAUGGUUGUACCAAUAAGCAAAGCGUCUGCCAAUCAACGUGCCGGCCGUGCUGGAAGAGUAGCACCGGGAAAAUGCUUCAGAUUGUACACAGCUUGGGCGUAUCAACACGAACUCGAAGAUAAUACAGUGCCUGAAAUUCAGAGGAUCAAUCUCGGGAAUGCUGUUUUAACGUUAAAAGCUCUCGGGAUAAACGAUCUAGUUCAUUUCGACUUCUUAGAUCCGCCUCCGCAUGAAACUUUAGUUUUAGCCUUAGAACAAUUAUACGCUUUAGGAGCUUUGAAUCAUCGAGGCGAGUUGACGAAACUCGGUCGAAGAAUGGCCGAAUUUCCAUUGGAUCCCAUGAUGGCGAAGAUGCUCCUAGCCAGCGAACAAUACCGUUGCUCGGAAGAAGUAGCCACGAUCGCUGCUAUGUUAUCGGUGAACGGAGCCAUCUUCUACAGGCCGAAAGAUAAGAUUAUUCAUGCAGACACGGCCCGGAAGAAUUUCCAUGUACCUGGUGGUGAUCAUUUAACGUUAUUAAACGUGUAUAAUCAGUGGCAACAAAGUGACUUCAGUACGCAUUGGUGUUAUGAGAAUUUCAUUCAACAUCGGUCGAUGAAAAGAGCUAGAGACGUUAGGGAACAAUUAGUGGGACUUAUGCAACGAGUCGAAAUGGAACUCGUAUCGGGCAUCACGGAAACAAUGAAUAUCAGAAAGGCUAUUACGGCUGGAUAUUUUUAUCACGUGGCGCGAUUGUCAAAAGGGGGUCACUAUAAAACUGCCAAACACAAUCAAACAGUAUCGAUUCAUCCAAAUAGUUCAUUGUUCCAAGAGCUACCGCGUUGGUUGCUUUAUCACGAAUUGGUCUUCACCACGAAAGAAUUUAUGCGACAGGUGACGGAAAUUGAGAGCAAAUGGCUAUUAGAGGUAGCCCCCCAUUAUUACAAGCCUAAAGAAUUAGAAGAUUCUACGAACAAAAAAAUGCCGAAAGUGACUGGAAGAUCGCGCCCAGACGGAACCAAUUAAGCAUACGAUUAGUAUAAGCGAAAUAAGCAAUUGUAUAAUUAAUAAUUAUUAGUUUACUUACAAUUGAAUUGUACAAAAACUUGUUAUAAAAUUAUUUUUUAAGUACAUCUCAAAAUAAAGUAGCACAUAUUCUCAUAAGACACUUGUAUCUUCAACCUCAACACGAAGAAAUAUCGUACAUGUACAAUUCAUAUAUUUGUAAUUAACAAAUAAAUGCAAAAUUUAUUCUGUAA